UACGUACAUGUCUAGCUUUAAGUAAGCACUCUUUGAAAUAUAAUAAAUCACAUGAUGAAUUAAAACCGAUAAAAAAAAAAGAUCGGAAAAAUGUAGUGUAGAUGAGACGUAAGACAUGUAAUCACAUCAUUUUGUGUUACAUGUUAAUACGUUUAUAAAUAUGUGACUCGACUUACCGAAUUUUCGAAACAUUUAACCAUGUCCAUUUCACAGGAACGUUUUGAAGAAUUAGAGGCACUACGAACUAAAUUAGAUGUUUCUUUUGAUAUGGUUUCCACUUUAGUUGAUUCUUGGUUGCCACCUCCUGAUCCUGAAGAAGAGGCAAAAGAAGAAAAAGAGGAACUUUUACGACAAAAAGAAUUAACCAAAUCAAUUCAAGAAAGACAUAUUGCUAGGAUUGGGAAGAAUGGAAUUAAGAAUAAAGCAGUUUCAGAAAUGAUACUUAAACGUAAAUUAAUACGAAAAAAUAAUCAAAAAGAUGACGAGGAUGAUGUUUCAUCGGACCCUAUGAGACAUACAAAUAAAAAUGAGGACUUGGAAGAUAGCAAAAUUUCUAUAAAAAAAUCAAAAGUUAAUUCUAUGGAUAACGACAAUAUAUCAAAGAAACAAUUUGGAGGAGAUUUUUUAUCAAUAUAUUUGGCUGAAAGAGAUAAGAAAAAGAAGAGAAAGAAUUCUAAGAAUAAAAUUUCCUAAAUUGAUAUGAUAUAAAUUUAUUAUUACAUAAUAAAAAUUAUCCGAUGAGGAAAAUUUUGGUUGGUCACAAUUAUAAAUUACUCUCAAC